AUGGUUCUUCAACAGUGUUUGGCCUGCAAUACAGCGGUAAGAAACUAAACGAAAAUCUUCGCUAGUUUAGUUCGAAAUCUUUCAGUUACAGCUGCUCCUGUCUAAGUAAUAUUCAAAUUUGUCGAGGAAGUUCUAAUUUUCAUAAAUUUUGUUCAGCGACUCGUCCAAUGGCUUUUCCCGAUCUUCGCUUUUACACCACACUGUUUGUUUGUAUUCUCCCCGUUUCUGAGUCAUUUUUAAAGCAAUAACCAUGCCGCUUAAAUACGAAGAUUGAUUCUUGUUCCAAACUAAUAGGUAGAUCCAAUUUAUAUGCGGCUCUAAUUUAGUCGCCCCGGCCUCCCAGUGACAACAUCCGUUUAAGACAGCGAUCAGACCGCGCCGUGGCCCUAGGUUCCUCGUCGUUUACUUGUCCGAAAAAAAACUGGAGAAAAAUUGGGAAUUUCACUUUGAAUAUUACUUGAAAAAAUAGUCCUGUGCAAAAAACACUUCUGAGGAAGCUUGACGAGAAUUCAUGUGAAUGGUCACACAAUAGAAAACUUGCUCUAACAGUCGAAAAAUAGAACCAAAAACCGGCCAUAUUUGACUCUAGAGGGAGCCAGGAGUAUUGUGAUAUUUAGAACAAACUAAAUUCGUGUAUAACAUCUGUCAAACAAUGAAAUGUAUAUAAACUAAAACAUUAGCACAAAGAAAAGCGAAAGGUCGAAACUAAAAAUGAGUCCGAUAAACGAAACUCAUCCUAGGAAAACGCUUUGGGUCAGUUAUUUAAACGAAGUCUAACUUCGGUUUAGGAAAUCUUUGAACCUCCAGAUCUCUUCUUUAGUGGGUUAUCUUAAGAAGACAAAUUCUUUUCUAGUCUUCGUUAUAUGCUUUAGUGAAACUGUUCACGAAAAAUGGUGUUUAGAUAAAAGCGUUCGGCAAAGUGAAAACGGCUUAGAACGCGGUUUUGUUCAGUAAGACACUGGCUAAACUCCAUUUAAAAAACUGACCCUGUGAAGUUUUUCGUGUCCGUUUAGUUCUACUUGUAUACUUAAAAGUAUACUGGCUAAAGGCCCGGCUAGUUGCUUAAGGCAAUAGUUGAAAGGAAGACACCCUGAGAAUGAAAUUAUAUAAGCUUCCUUAUCAUCGUUCUAUCGCCAAUGCAACAAAAUACGGCGCUUUCUGGCAACGCCUAACUCGUGUUUCCAACCUUCCUCAUCUAGACUUGAACAUUUGUAAAACCACAACAAACACUGCUCAAAUAACAAGUGCUGGAUAUUUGCGCACUGGGACCAGAAAAGAGUUGAAAUACGAAAUAGACUGAGCCUAAUCCUGGCUACAGAUAAGCGACAGAAAAGUAAACGGAGAGGUCAAAAUAAAACUCGAAAACACUUCGAACAAAUUUGCCCGAUAUUUGUGACUCUUCCAAAUGCUGAAACUUCAAAUUCCGCAACCAUUUUUUUCUUUGAAGAUUUUUCCAUAAUUAACAAAGAGGAAACGGAAAACUGACAAAUAAAUCCUUUUAAAGUGGGCGAGCAGGGCAGGCAGGGCGAAGUCAAAACCCUAUUCCUUUCAUACAAUUGCCGGAUUGCGCGCUUUUGCGAAACAUUUUGUUCUACAGAAUGAUAUCAACAGCAGCAACAGUUCACAAGUGAAAUAGAAAACAUGGAAGUCGAUGAAUUAAAUAAAUGUCUAGCAAAAUUUUACGUUUCCGUGAGGAAAACCGACGGCAGCUAUUUUAAGAAAACCAGCUUGUUGUCGAUCAGGGCCACCCUUGACCUACAUCUUCAAGCCCCAAAAUCUUUCAAAAACAUGUCUCUUUUUUAUUUUAUUUUCUCGAAUAAUCAUCAAUGUAAUUAUACUAGAACAAUUAGUCGCUUUCGGCGACUUAUUGUUAAAUAAUCUUAAUCGAUGUUCUCUUUAGAUGACUGACUCAUGUAUCUCGUGUGUGUGCGGUCAUGUGUUUGAGUAUUCAAAGCAGAUUGGCGGAAAGAGAUUCUCAGGUAAGACCAGGCGUACAUUUUUUGUCUCGCGAGCGUAUGGGAAAUCUAACAAUCCAAGGCCUUAUCCAAUCUAAUUCCCAGGGCUUUUCCGAGAUUGAGGCCAAUCAUCAUAGUGGAGGUGGUGUUCCGGCCACCUGAUAGAGACCUUUAGAUUCUAAGACGAGUACGACAAGGAGUAAAAGAUUUAGUACUGCUUGAGCGCGAGCCAGCGUCAUUUUGGCGGGAAACUUGGUAAUUAGUAAGAAUGUCGUAAUGGCAGGAACAAGUUUUGAAAUGCUAGAUGUUUUAUCAUUUUGCGAUCGGGAAAGGGCUUAACCUACUACGAAGAUAACAGUGUUAACUUUUCUUUUGAAAAAAGUACAAUGAAGCAUUCCGGGGUGUCUAUUUUUUAGAAUACGCGAAAAACUUAAAGUCAAAUCUCAUACUCGUAGUCGUUUUCGUCCUUGAACCUAAAGGUCUCUCUAUAAUCUACUUAUUUGUUUUGGCGAAGUGGGAGCGUAUAAAGGUUAUGGGGGUUAUGAACAAAUUCGCAACUUUUAUUACUAUUCCAGGCUUACGGAAGGAGUUCGUUCACGACCAAGGUAUAUGUUGAGAGUAAAUAAAUCUUGAGUUAAAAACAACAUUUAUCUCCUCAGAAUAUCGUGCCAAAUUGUACACUCGUCUGGAAGAUAAGAGAGUGAAGAAACUAAAGAGGGAACAACGAAGAGCAGAAACUAAAGACAAAUAUGCGGAUACACCAGAGGAAAAUAAGGUACUG